AUGAGCGAUUUCGAGUGGUAUCAUGGUAUCACAAUUCUCACUCUUAUCUCUAUAUUGUGUUAUAUCAAUUACGAAGAUCCGUUCGACUUUCCUGAAUUUCACGGUGACGAUCUCUGGGACGACGACUUUCUCAGACAAUGCAUGAUCCCAAUAAAUGAACCGUCAGGACUUUCCUGCUAUACCUAUCGCGUAGAGUUCGAGAUUGUGAAAGUCGAAGUGCUUAAUCUUGACCCCAUCCUACUUAUCUAUCAUCAAUUUGCAAGCAAGCCAGAAAUAAAAAGAUUUUUAACGGAUGCCGAGACAAAAGAGAUGUUUUCCCUCAAAGUUUAUCGUGGACAUGGAAACGAAAGCGUUACCAGGCAUCGCCUAGCAAAUGGGACUAGUUUUGAGCAUGAGGAAGGCAGAGCCGUUGGAGCACUGUUUCGAAAAAUGAAAAAAUCAAUCCCGGCAGUGGAUUUUGGAAGUAGUGAGCUGUGGCAGGUUCUCUCAUACUUGCCUGGAGGACACUAUGUACCUCAUCACGACUAUUACGAAUAUGAAUCUGAAGACCACUGGGAUCAGAUUAUGAAGGACUACGGAAAUCGUUUCGCUACUGUUCUUCUGGUCCUGAAAACAGCAAAAGAAGGCGGAGAAACUGUGUAUCCUCUUCUUCAAAGGACAAUUACUCCAAAGGUCGGAGACGUUCUCUUCUGGACAAAUCUAGACCGACAGGGAAAGGGAAAUGUCAACUCUCUUCAUGGUGCUUGCCCUAUCACCGACGGAGAAAAAAUUGCUGCUACUCUGUGGAUUCGUGAAAGAGAUCAACAAAUGAUGGGCAGCAACGAUGGGAGCAAAUUGUUCGACGUGAACGAACUAACACAACCGGAAUUUGAAGAUGCAUGA